GGUUGCGUUGGUUUCAGGCAGCGCAUCACCAGACCACGUUGCCGACUUGCUGCCACGGGCGGCGCGGCGUUGUUCUGAAUUUCUCACCGCUCCCACUCGUGUCACCUUCUCCGUUCCCAGCUCUCUUCGUCUUCCCUCUCUUGCGCGCGCUCUCUCUGCUCCGGUCCUAGGGUUUUGCGUCGGCCAUGGCGGGUCCCGACGACGAAGACGACGAAGUCCUCGCCCACUUUCUCGAAUGCGAGAUCCUCUCCGGCGUCCCCGACCAGGACGAGACGGCGGUGGCGGCGGGGAGGCCGUCGAAGAGACCGCGAAUCGAGGAGGAGAUGUCGCAGCAAGGGGGGCGAAGCAGGCCUCCGCCGCCCAGGCCGAUCGAGAGCGGCAUCUUCAGCAAGAUGCCGCCUGAGCUCUUCCACCGCAUCUUCAAGUUCCUCUCUUCCGAGGAUCUCACUGCAUGUUCUCUGGUCUGUAACUUCAUGAACUUUGCCGCGUCUGACGAGAGCCUCUGGCGGCGCCUGUAUUGCAUGCGGUGGGGACUGGCUCCUCCGAAUGGGAAGUUACGAGCAUGUGCUUGGAAGGAGCUUUAUAUCCAGCGUGACAAAGAAGAUAUGGUUGAAUUUGUGAGAAACACUCCAACAGAGUUUAAGGAGUACUAUAUACAAAUGCAGGCAGCAAAGAGAAGUCAAGCACCUCUUCCGUCACAAGUCAAUGAUGAUCGAGUAAUACUUGAUAGAACAGUAGCGGAUCAAGUGUCUAUUUGGAAAAGCAGCAGAGGCUUAACUGAUGAGGUGGUGACUGGUCAUGUUUGUUCAGGAAACACAUGCUCAUACUCCCAAAUUGGAGAUGUUUUUAUCUGUGAGAAGACUGGUGGUGUGCAUGUUUGUGAUGAUAGUUGCAGGGAAGUUGUCCUCGAUCAAUCUAGUGGGCUUUUGGUCUGCACCAUCUCUGGUCACUGUUUUGAUAGAUGGCUCUCUCCCGAUGAGGAAUCAGAUCCAUUGGACAUUGAGGAACAACUAGGUGUUAUCACAGAUGAAGCAGAGCCUUUUAUGGGGUCUGGACGUUUUGCACGGGCCUAUCUGUUGGGUUACAAUUGUGCUGAUGAGAAGGAACUUGAGAAGGCAUUGAGGUUUUGCUGAAAUAUUACUACUCUCUGCUUUACUGAUUAUUGUAGCGAUCAAUAGUUACCACAAGGUUGAGAAGUGAGAUAAAAUCAUAGAUUAUUAUUGUCACAGAUUUGUAAGUUGAGCCUUUCAGAAUAUAGCAAAUUUAUGUGUCAAUGUAAGUCAAGCCUCUCGCUAAGUGUUCUUUCAAUAAGCGGUCUGAAUAUAACCAUUGCUGUAAUCAGGUGGGACAGCUCCAUACAAUGCUUUAAAAAAUUCUCAGGUAUCAGUAUAUGUGUAUAUUAUUCAAACAAGUUCAUAUCGCUAUAUUUUUGUUAAUCUUGAUGGCUA